CAUUUGUCUCUCAGUGUUCGCUGAGGAGGGACUCAGCGAGCGCUGCUGUUCAGAGGCUGCCUCUCACUGGAAGGAUGCAGACGGGGAAAGAAGAGAUUCCACUACAGUUAAUCAAGGAGCACUCUGCAUGUGCCUAUAAAUGCGAAGGGGCAAAUGAAUUCAGUGUCACUGGGAGCAGCUCUUUAAGGGGAAGCAGUGAUAAUUCAAAGGUGGAAUUGAAACAGCUGUAAAUCUAUUUCCUGACUCUGGCUUGACGGUCAUUCGUGAAACACCGGACUGUUGCUAUCAAAGUGUGGAGCAGGGAGACAGAGUCAGCGGAGUUCCCUGCUUGAGCCAAAUCCACAGUUAUUGGAUGGGAUCAACAUGAGCAGAAUUAUGGAUGGAUUUAUGCCAUUCUGUUGAGAUAUUUAUACACUCAUUUUUUGGGUUGCUCAGCUCUACUGGUCCUCAGCAGAUGUGUCCUGUCAUGUCCUGGCUGCUCUGCCUGUGCCUCUGGGUCAGUGUGACUGCCAUCCAGCUGUGUCAGGCCACUUUCUACGACACCAUCCAACAGCAUCCUGGGACAAGGCCUGGGCGGACCACAAUUCAUAUGAUUGAAGGGGGCACAUGUGAGGUAAUUGCUGCUCACAGAUGCUGUAAUAAGAAUCGUAUUGAGGAGCGGUCACAGACGGUCAAGUGUUCCUGUCUGCCAGGGAAGGUAGCUGGAACCACUAGAAACAGGCCUUCAUGUGUCGACGCAUCCAUAGUAAUUGGGAAGUGGUGGUGUGAGAUGGAGCCUUGCCUGGAGGGGGAGGAAUGUAAGACGCUCCCUGACAACUCAGGCUGGAUGUGUUAUGCGGGGAACAAGAUCAAAACCACAAGGAACACUCAGCCAUACACAACAUCAACAUAUUAGCAUUUUGCGGAAGGGAUGCAAGCGAAGACCUCAGGUGCAGAGGAUAAUUUGCAGCACUGUCGUAGGACCAAUUAACGCAAGAGACAAUGAACCUAUUGUUGCUUGAAGAAAUGCAGACACUUCUCAAAUCAAAGUGUAAAAAGAUGUAGAAUACAUAAAACACAUUCUGCUCAAGGCUCCUGCUCAAAGCUGCCUGCAGGAAACUUCAUCAUAACCUUGUAAUGAAUACAUUUUCCCCAUUUUUUUUCCAACUCUGAGACAGAACGAGACUGUCUGUGCAUUUGGAUUAAUAUCUGGAGAGAAUCUGACGUCCCUCCGUAGACAUCAGUAAGACAGAUGUGUACUACGAAGCACCAAACAGGAGAGGAAUAUAUCAAAGGACAUGGGAUGAGCAAGUGCAGAAGCUGACAGCCCUCAGGAUUUUCUUUACUCCUUUUAAUAUUAGAGGAAAAACAUUGUACAUAAUUUGUUUGUCCUUCAUUGUGUACAUGAACUAUUUAUGGUGGUGGUGAACCUUCCCCCCUUCUAACCCACAAAAGAGCCAAAGUCUGAUGAGUUCACGAAUAAUAUGUUAGGAUGAAACAAAUGCAUUAUGAGGAAGAUGUUUUACAAAUACUGCUUGUGUGUCUUGAUACAUUUUGCCAUUUGUUUGUGUGGUACGUGUAUGCCUUUGAUAACCUCUUAAAUUGCUUUACCAAUUAAAUUUGGUGACAUGUCAGCUACCCUAAAACCUGUUGAUUCACCAAAACAUGUGAAACCAGUUAAACCAUUUCCAAAACUUGAAAUGCCUUAUUUGUGUUGGAUGAUUCAAAUGGUAAUACUGUACAUAUGAAGCCAUCUAUUGAUAUGUGCUGAAGUUUCAUUAAAGUCAGUGUUCCUGUUACCCAUGCGAGUGCAUCUUUGCCACUCAGUAAAACAUGAACACAAAGCCCCCCAAAAAUAAUAUUUUAGAUUCAGUGCACCUCACACUUCCUGAGGAAAUGAUCACUUCUGUACUGCUAUGUGCAUCGCAAAUAAAAAUCCACAAGUCGACUGAGAAAUCGCAGGGGGGGAAAAAUGACACUUAGAACUCGCCUCCCCUUGUUUUCUCUGAUAUCAAAGCAAUGUAGUUACAGCUGUGUGCACAUUCUUUGGUCAGCUUUAAAAAGAAACUCCUAAUAGCCCAUUGAGCUCUAGCUGUAACCCACACACUGACUUAUAUAAAAGGAUGGAUGUAACCCACAGGUUGGAAAAGUGAAGCCAAUAGGGCAUUUGCUCUUAUAGCCAGCAGGGGGCAGCUCCUCCAACUGCAAAAGAAAGAAACAAAAAGAAAUCGUGCUUGUGUAUAAGGCUAGAAGAAAUGAGUCUGGGAGAAAUUAACUGCAUUUCCAAUUUAAUUUAUGGCCUCAGUAACCGCUUAGCUGAUGGGUUUAUGGCCUCUAUCACUAGUUUAUGUCUUAUUUAAUAUAGUGGGAUGUAAUUUCGUAAACUGCACACAAACGUAAAGUAAAGCAGGGUGUCGUUUAGGGAAUGGAAAGACGUAAGCACACUUCAGUUUCUUCUCUUCUGAGUAGAAAAAAGUUAAUUAGACAAUAAGCAUAAUGCUUAUCUCAAGUCUUUAAACUUUAAACUUCUGAGCGAUAAUCACAACACCUACAUCCAUCUUUUAUAUACAGUCUCUGAGCCUACAGUGUAACUAACUCUACAGCAACAUUAUACUUCUAUAUUCUCCAAAGUGCAAUUCAAACACUAGUCCUGAGGUUCAUUUGUUUCAAACUCGCUUGCGCAUUUGUGGAUUUGAAAAUUCAGGUUUUGCUUUCUUUUAAUAAGUUUCCAGAUUGCUAUGUUUUUAGAUGUCAAAUGAUUUUAAGUUUUUUUUGGUUACAACAACAGAAGUUUUUUAAUUCUAAUAAAAUGUAUGUUAGAUUGUGUUAGCAUAUGGACAGGCAUUGACAAAGACACAUCGGGAGUCACGGUGACCUUUCAGGGACACUGACAUUCUUUUCAGUGUUUAGUUUUUUGGAGGUGCUGCUUAGCAGAGGGUCUUACUUUUGAAUAAAGACAGGUUAGUUUUCAUUUCUUUUUAAAGUUAAGCAGCAUGUCCUGUGUUGUUAUUUGGGAUUAUCAUGAUCCCUAUUUGCUUGGUAGGUCCUCCUCCCACAGCCCAUGAAUAUUUUAGUUAUUUAAGCUUUAUGGAUAUCUAAAAGAAUAAGCAUAUUUUCCAAAAUCUAAUAUUAUUUCUUUAAUCACAAUUGCUUUUUCUGAGAAUGUGCUAUUCAACCCUUCACAGAAGCCUCUUUCAGCUCAACACACAGGUCAUUAAUUGGAGUCACUCUUGCUCCCUGUACAGGCAAGACAAUCGCGCAUGAAUAAAUGGCAAACAAGCAUUGCUCCCCUGUAUUUACAACAUUUUGAUGCAGCACUCAGUGGGACACUGGCCAUUGCUUUCACAGCCUCGCUCCCUCAGGAAUUACUCCAGGAGGAACUCGCGGCUGCUGUCGCUGUGCAGUGUGUCAUCCAUCUUCAGGAAAAAUUGUUUUUUCCUGGACCUUCCACUUGUUUCAUUAUUUUCUGCUUUCCACUGAUAUUCAGCUCUCUUGAAAAGCACAGCUUGUGCGCUCAUUAGAAUACGCUGGAUCACUCAUCUAUUAGAUAAAAAUAUUAAUAUAUAGAUGUUUUAUUUGACUUUUAAGCUCAGGAAGGAUUUCAUCUGAACCUUAAAUAAGAUCAAACAUACAAUAUCAUUUCAUGUAGCACUGAACAAAAAUCACUCCCAUGAGUUACAUAAAAUCCUUAUCCCGUUUGAGGCCUUAGCCCCAUAUAAAUUACUUAAAACAAUUCUUUAUAUUUUGCCCUUUAGACAGGGGAGGUCACAAUAUCAAAGGUAUUUUUAUAAUAUUUCACAGACAUCUACUUUCUGUCUAGAAAAGAUCAAGUUUGCCCAGGUACAAAACACUGAAAGGUAGCUGAAUGCACCACAGUAGUGACCACUGCAAUCUAUGGAAUAUUAAUUUAUUUGGGAUUUCUUUUACCCCAUGCCUGAAGGUAUUUGUAAAUAUCCUUAAACAAAAUACAGCUUCCAAUGUUAAGAGUAAAAAUUUAUUCUUUGACUUUCUAAGUAGUCAAAUUUACAAACCAAAACUAAAUUUUAAAAUGUUUUAAAAGACUUAUGCAAGAAUGCAGUAUAAAAUUAGGUUGAAUACAAGCUAGCCAGGAAGGGAGACAACAGUUUGACUCUCAAUAAAAAACAUGGAGAGGUUGUUUGCAUAGCAACUACACUCAGCUAUAGUGGUUGCUACAUGUUGUGAUUUUGACUAGAAUUUGCACUCAUUGCCAUACAAAGCAGAGAUUUGAUUCAGUGAAGACCUUUAUACAAAGAAUGUGUUUUUAAAAGGGACAGCAUUUUACUGUAAAUCCAGGGGUGGCUGUAUUAAGAGAGACAUCUCUUUUUUUCCCCCUGCUGUCCUUGCACAUGUUAAUUUUUGGCUCAGUCUGCACUGAGACUCAUGCAGCAUAAUCACAGAUGCCAAAUUACAGCACAAUGUCCAUCAUUUAUUGUACUGAAAUUACAACAUGCAGCAGGGCCAGCAGUGAUUGCUAUACAUGGCCCUAUGAAUUCAUGAACAUAUUAUUUAGGUCUUUCUUUUAUUUCCCCCAGGCUGCCAGACUUUUAACUAGCAUUUGAAAUAAUGUUGCAUGUCCAAAAUGGGAUUGCUAAACGGGCAUAAAGUGUGGACGAUGUCAGCAGCCUCCUUUUUUCUGUCUGUCUGUGGAGUGGCUCUCUGGGCUAAAGCUGUAGGCCCUGAUGUCUCACAUCAUGCAGCAGAACAGUGAGAAAUAAGACACAAGUGAUGGUGAUGUGCCCUGACUUCUUUUUAUGACGCACCAGGGACAUCCUGGGAUUUAGAGCUCCCAUGGGUUUGUUCUAAAGACACAUUUCAUUCAAAACACUCAGAGAGUCUGGUCAUGUUCCACUGUCUGCACUGGGAAGUCACUUUUUCUGUUUUCAUGAAUAUCAAGGUGCAACUUUGAACAACUGGGAAUGAUGAUAGGCUUUUAAAUUUGUAAUAAUUCCUAUCAAGACAACCCCCACGCACCAAUAAUUAUCUGAUUGUGUGAAGAUCAGUGCAGGGCUUGCCUGUUAAUUAAUACUAGAAAAACCAACUGCAGCUCUUGUUGCACUCAGUAAAUAUACGAGAAACUGCGGGGCAUGGAGUGCAUACUGUGGAAAAAAGCAUUUAACAAAGUGAAAGUUAUUAACUCGUUUUUGCAGUGGUUUUCUGUGGCAUCGAGCAAUCGCCGAGAUUACCCAGUCUAAUCACAUCCUGUAACCGUGGAACUGUCUCCACUUCCCCUGCAGGACUCUAGGAUUUCAAAGUCAAGGUAACGCGGACCAAACUGGAUUCUAAUUAAAGUUGACAUCAGGUGCCUCAUGCUCCUUCCCCCCUCCUCCUCAGGCUUUCAUCUAAAUGAUUCAUGCCGAGAAUACCAGGCCUUUCAAGCCGUUAGGUCCUCACAAAGGAAUAACAACUUGAUCACACAAAGAAAACAUAGACAGAUUUACAAUGACACUGGCACAGUGUCUGUUCCACUAGCUUAUAUCAAGUUAUAUCAAACCAAUGCAGAGGCACUCGGCUGACAUUUUACAUUUUUGCAGGGGUGACUUUUUUAAAGUAUUCAUGCUGGCAAACAAGAGGAAAUUAAAUCAGAGGCAUAAAAAUGUUUUUCCAGCAGAAUCACGUUGUGUUGUGGUGACACAUACGACAGAAUGCUCGGUUUCCAGGUGUGCUUAUGUGAGUAGGGUGCAACCUGCUACAUGACUGUCUGGAAAUGAACGUGACAAGUGUUGGCCAUAUGUUGCACGCUGGAACACCGUCAUUAUGGCAGAGGAUCAGUUCUAGCAAUUCCGUGUCACUCUGGGUAGAGCAGCAGCUAAAUGGCUAAAAGAAACAUAAAAUUGAAUCCUUCUCUAAAAUUGCAGAGGAUACAGGUAGGCUAAAUAAUUGCUCAAUAGAGAGAUGAAUAGUUGGAGCCCCCACCCCCACCCCCACUCACACACCCUUAUAAGUGGGAAGAGGAUUUAUCUUUGUGAGAGAAAACCUGCCUUGAAUUAAAGAUGAGCUUCCUUUGCCUUUUGUCAGGCUAUUGUGAAC